GUCAAAGUCCAAGGGACACGAAGCGAAAGAAACACAGGGAUCCUACCGACACCGUGCGCCCAGCGAGUCUCCGUCCCCAGCAGCGAGCGCGUUCGAAUCCCGUUCCUGCCGUGCUUCUCCUCCUCCGCCGUCUCGGAGCUGUUUUUCUCCCUCCGUCCGUCCGUUCGUCCCCGCCGCUGCUUUUGGAGACACGUGCCCGCGGCCGUGGUGGAGAUACUUCGACCUUCUCGGAUCUCGACCGCCCUCUGCUCCCUAGCGGACCGAGCAGCGCCCCGACCGACAUGGCUUACCUGCGCCUCGUGAGUCUCUUAACGUUGAUAUCGACGCAAACGGUCGACUCGUCCGGUGUAUUCGAACUGAAAGUGCACUCGUUCAGCAGCGCCCGCAGCGUCUGCCGGAGCUCCCGCGGCUGUCAGAUGUUUUUCCGAGUGUGUCUCAAGCACUCCCAGGACGUGAUCUCCCCCGAGCCGCCGUGCACCUACGGCACGGGACUCACCGAGGUGCUGCGCGCCGACCCUAGCGCCGUGUCCGCGAGCGCGCCCAUCAGGGUCCCGUUCCACUUCAAGUGGCCGGGCACAUUCUCACUCAUCAUUGAAGCCUGGAAUGCCGAAUCCCCUUAUCAGUCCACAGAGAACCAGAACAAUCUGAUCAGCCGCUUAGCAACUCGAAGGAGACUUGCUGUAGGAGAAGACUGGUCUCAGGAUGUGCAUCUUGGAGACCAAAGCGAGCUGCGCUAUUCCUAUCACGUUGUUUGCGAUGAGCAUUACUAUGGCGACAGCUGCUCUGACUACUGCAGACCCCGUAAUGAUACUUUUGGACAUUAUACCUGUGACACAGCAGGCAACAGGGCCUGUUUGACUGGCUGGAGAGGCGACUACUGCUCCAACCCCAUCUGCUCGUCUGGCUGCAGCGACGAGCACGGUUAUUGCGAGUCCCCCGGCGAGUGCAAGUGCCGCCUGGGGUGGCAGGGCCUCUUGUGCGACGAGUGCGUCCGCUAUCCCGGCUGCUUGCACGGCACCUGCUCGCACCCGUGGCAGUGCAACUGCAAGGAAGGCUGGGGAGGUCUGUUUUGCAACCAGGACCUGAACUACUGCACGAACCACAAGCCCUGCAGGAACGAUGCUACCUGCACCAACACCGGGCAGGGCAGUUACACGUGCGCUUGUCGCCCUGGCUUCAGUGGCAACAACUGUGAAAUGGAGACAAACGAAUGUGACAGCAACCCCUGCAAGAAUGGAGGCAGCUGUAAUGACAUGGAGAACGAUUAUUCGUGCACGUGCCCCCAGGGCUUCUAUGGAAAGAACUGUGAAAUAAGUGCCAUGACUUGUGCUGAUGGGCCCUGUUUCAAUGGGGGUACCUGCUCGGAGAAGAUAACUGGUGGGUACUCAUGUCGCUGCCCGCUGGGCUACAUGGGCUCGAACUGUGAGAAGAAAAUCGACCGCUGCAGCAACAACCCUUGUGCAAAUGGUGGUCAGUGCCUUGACCUGAGCCACAGCCUUAUGUGUCGUUGCCGAGCCGGCUUUACAGGUUCCCGCUGUGAGGUCAACAGUGACGACUGUGCCCGCAACCCCUGCCGCAACGCCGGCACCUGUGUGGAUGGUAUCAAUGACUAUACCUGCAUUUGUACCUUGGGCUACACAGGCAAAAACUGCAGCGUGCGAGCUGAUGCAUGUAGUGCCUACCCUUGCCAGAACGGUGGCACAUGCUUUACCCACUUCACCGGUCCCGUCUGCCAGUGUCGCUCUGGGUUCAUGGGUUCCCGCUGUGAAUUCAGUCUCAGACCUACAGUGAACCCCACGUCCCCGUUAGUGAACAGGACCUUUCCAUUGGCCCUCGCGGUCUCCUUUGCCCUCGGCCUCAUCACUCUGACGUUGGUGGUGUGUGCUGCAGUCCUUGUAUUGCGCCAGAUGAAGAAGAGCCACAGCAGCUUGGGUACAUCUGUACGCAAUGACCUGGAUAACAUCAACAACCGUGGCCCGACCUUCACCAGAGAGAAGGAGGCCUUCCUCAUUCCGGGUGGUCACUACAAAGUCUCCAACAAGGAUGCCGAGCUCAGCUCCUCCGAAUGCGCCAACGACAAAAGCAGCUACAUGCAUAAGCGGGUGGACUACAACCUAGCAGAGGCAGAGCGUCACUCCAAAUCUAAGCUUGACUUAAAGAAAUCUGAUUCCAGUAUACUGGUUCCCGCAAUAAGCUUUCCAAAAGAAGGUCUGUAUCAUCCGGUCUAUAUUAUCCCUGAACAGAUGGAACAGUGCGUCUUUGCUACUGAGGUAAGCAACUCUGUGCUCUUCCUUUCAUUUCAGAGCAACACGUAUUCACCGCUGUGCAUAUACCUACCUCUUGCGCUCGUGACAAGGCGGAUUUUAAAGUUGUGGGAACACUAUUAUACGCAUGGUCUGAAAUGUAUAGAGCGAGUGGAGCUUGGGGUGUACAGAGGGAUGUCAAAGCUGCAGGCCGAUGGAAUUUUUCCAUGCAACGAUAUGAAAUAGUUUCAUAUUUUGUAGAACCUACAAAUAUCGUGGAGGCAACAGUAUCCAUUUCAGACAAUGUUUAGCGUAGCGUUCCCUCAGCUUGACGUCAGCACUCGUUCCUUCCCACAGGUUUAACAACAGUGUUCCAAAAUCUGGAGGACCUCAUCUACAAGGGCAUUGUCCUAAGAUGUUUACAUUCUUUCAAAACUUCUGGAAUGAUUCAAGAGAGUAUAUAUUAUAUCCAUCUAUAUUUUUUAUUUAAUAUUUAUUCAUGCUGCUCAUUGUUAAAAAGGACUACUUCUGGAAAUGGACAAUGUUCUGAGGAGAACAAAUUGGUGUGGAAGAAGAGGGGAGGACAGCAGGAAUUCUGGCCGGAAUUAUUUGCACUACUUUUCUUUCCAUUUUUUUCAAAGUCUGGGGGAAAAAGCGACACGAGAAAUGACAUUCCAUACAAGACACGA